UGCACAACUUCCAAACCCCUCCAACGCCAUCUGCACUUGAAACCCAUCGCGCAUCAUGUCCCAGGCCCAUCGACCAACAUGGAACCCGACUAUGGGCCGCGAGUCCAAGGCGGGCUCGCAGCAGGUCGCCAAGCUCGCGCUCGCCUCGCACACCAAGCUCAAGUUCCGGCAGCCUGGGCAGACGUCCGCGAGCGACGUCGCGCGGCGUGACCUGCGCGCGGAGCUAGCGGCGGCGGAGCGGGCAGCGCAGGAGAAGAAGCGGAAGGCGGCAGGACUGCCUCCUUUGCCAGCAGGGACGGCGGCGAUCGAAAACGGUAGCGCGGAGGACGAGGCGGCGGCUAAGCGGCGCAAGAUCCUCGAGGAGGCGGCCGAGCUGGACCGGGACGACUCGGACGAGGAAGAGGAGAACGGAGAUAAGGGGAAGAGCAAGGCGGAUGAGGAGAGCGACAGCGACGACUCGGAUUCGGACUCGGACGACGACGACACCGCCGCGCUCAUGGCUGAGCUGGCGCGCAUCAAGGCCGAGCGGGCUGAGGAGAAGGCACGAUUGGAAGCGGAGGCGAAUGCGGGCGCGGCGCGCGACCGGGAAGAGGAGAUCGCCACGGGCAACCCUCUGCUCAACCUACAGGCCGCACUUGGCCAGACACCAGCAGCGGCAUCGACAUCCUCGGCAGGGUUUACUGUCAAGCGACGCUGGGACGACGACCUCAUCUUCAAGAACCAGUCGGUGACCCUCGACAAGCCCAAGAAGGGCGAGUUUGUCAACGACCUCUUGCGAUCCGAGUUCCACAAGAAGUUCAUGCAGAAGUGAGUCCACCGAGGAAGCGAUCUAAUGCCAGAUUCAUCAAGUAGACGCUGUAGAUUGUAGUCGAUGCACAUGUUCACGAGCCAGGAGAAACACACGCAAUCACUGCCGCCGUUGAAUUCGGUUGAUUGCCUAGCACCAUAUUCCACGAUCUCUCAUUCUGAGUGCUUGCAUGCAGACCAUGUUCUUCUGGCA